AUGUCUAGUCAAGUCCCAGAUAUCGAGAAAUAUGCUCCAUCUGAUUCCGGUAGUUCUGAGGCAUCUGAUAUCCUUGAUUUGAAGGAUGAUGAAGGAUGGGAAGAUGCUGAGCCUGAGGAGGAAGAACAAAAUCAAUUUGUAUCAUUAUUAGAUGAUGAAGUCUUCUCCGAUAUGCUUGCAAUGAUUCAACAUUGCAAGGAGAAAUACGGCUUUGAUUUUCUAGAAGUCAGACAAAACCUAGGCCUGGACUUCUACGGCAGUAUCAAACUUACCAAUUACCUAAGAUCCAAAACUCAAAAUGGUGAAAAGCCUUCUCAAAGUAUUUCCAAGGCCGACUUAGAAGAUGAAAAAUACCUUAAACCAGUUUUGGAGGAUGAUGCUUUUCUUUUCUGCCUUGAUGACCUUCCUGAUGUCGUCGAACAAAAUAACGCCGCAGGAAAUGGCAAUGAGGUCGAAUCUGGACCUCUCGUUACGCGGGUAUCUGAAUUAGAAGAAGAGCUCAGAAGGAUUCAAUCGCAAUUUGAAAAUUACAGAAACACUGUCAAUGAAACUCUGGAUGAGCGCUGGAACAAAUCUGCAGGCCCAUCCGCAACCAAAAAGGAAGAAAAGCGAGAUGAUGAUAGCCAUUACUUUACUUCUUAUUCAUACAACGAUAUUCAUGAGACUAUGUUGAAAGAUACUGUUCGCACUGAUGCCUAUCGUGACUUCAUCUAUAAUAACAAGUCUCUCUUCGCAGGAAAAACUGUUUUAGAUGUAGGCUGCGGCACAGGUAUUCUCAGUAUGUUCUGUGCCAAAGCUGGUGCAGCUCGAGUGAUUGGCGUUGAUAAUUCGGACAUCAUUGAGAAAGCCCGUGAGAACAUUUUCAACAACGGCUUCGCGGAUAAAAUCACUUUACUCAAGGGUAAAGUCGAAGAAGUCAAUCUCCCUGUUGAACAUGUGGACAUUAUCGUUAGCGAAUGGAUGGGUUAUUGCUUGUUGUAUGAAGCCAUGCUCGACAGUGUCAUCUGGGCUCGAGACAAGUACCUGAAGCCUGAUGGAUUAAUGGUUCCAAGUCACAUGAACAUGUGGGUUGCUCCUGUGGCUGAUCCGGAUUAUGUGGCCGACCACAUUGAUUUCUGGAGAGACGUUUAUGGAUUCGACAUGAAAGCAAUGCAAGCUGGAAUCCAUGAGGAUGCUCAAGUCCUUGAUAUGCCAGCUAGCACGAUCUGUGGCGAACCGGUUCCAUUCUUGCAAUUAAGCUUGCACACAACCACUGUUAAAGAUCUCACUUUCAGGAGAAAGUGGGAAACAAAGCUUACUCAAGACAUCGAUGCAUUAGAUGGCUUCAUGAUUUGGUUCGAUAGCUUCUUCUUACCCAUGCGAACGGAUGAAGUUCCGGUAAAUGCAAAGGCCGAGGAGUGGGCAAAAGAGGGGAAGAAGGGAGUAGCAUUCACAACUGGUCCUAAAGCCAAGGUGACACAUUGGAAACAAGGUGUCUUGCUCAUCGACAAUAUCAAAGAACAAUCGAAGGAGCAUAAAGUAGGCGAAGAGAUUAGUGGAGAGUUAGAAUAUCUGGUUGCAGAUGAUUAUUCAAGAGCUCUGACUAUUGGUGUGGACUGGAAGUUCAAUGGGGAGGAGGCUGUCAAUUCUCAAACAUGGAAAAUGAGAUGA